CGCCCCGGGGCUCCAUUGUUGCGGCGGCCGAGGCUGCGCCGGCUGCUCAGCCCCGUGCCCCUGGGCUCCGAGCGGGCGCCGCUGAGCGGGGGGCCGGAGAUUCUUCUGAAAUUCUUUCUGUGGUGAGUGUCAUCAGAAGGAAGCACAGGAUUUGCUCUCAAAGAGUGAUUUGGUUUCCUGAGAAACUGCAGGUGGACCCUGGGUGCUCUGUCCUUGCCCUUGGAGGAGGCGUGUGAGGAAGACUGUUCCGUGCAGACCAGGGCACUCCAGCCUUGCAGUCAGGCUACCUGGCUCUGGGUUUGGGCCUUUUUGCCAAAUCCUGUGUGGCCUCAGCAGCAAUGGAAGAGUUAAUAGUUGAACUCCGUCUCUUUCUUGAACUCCUGGACCAUGAAUAUCUAACAUCAACUGUUAGAGAGAAAAAGGCAGUUAUCACCGACAUCCUGUUGAGGAUACAGUCAUCUAAAGGUUUCGAAGUGAAGGAUCAUGCUCAGAAGCAAGAGACCCCCAAUAGCCUGCCGGCUCCUCCCCAGAUGCCUUUGCCUGAGAUCCCCCAGCCAUGGCUGCCACCUGACAGUGGGCCGCCACCGCUACCAACAUCCUCUCUCCCGGAAGGUUACUACGAGGAAGCUGUACCACUGAGCCCUGGGAAAGCUCCGGAAUACAUCACGUCAAAUUAUGACUCAGAUGCAAUGAGUAGCUCUUAUGAGUCUUAUGAUGAGGAGGAAGAGGAUGGAAAGGGCAAGAAGACACGGCACCAGUGGCCGUCUGAGGAGGCCUCCAUGGACCUGGUGAAGGAUGCCAAAAUCUGUGCCUUCCUACUGAGGAAGAAGCGCUUCGGGCAGUGGAGCAAGCUUCUUUGUGUCGUCAAAGACACCAAACUGCUGUGCUACAAAAGUUCCAAGGACCAACAGCCUCAGAUGGAACUGCCGCUGCAGGGCUGCAACGUGACGUACACACCGAAGGACAGUAAGAAGAAGAAACACGAGCUGAAAAUCACCCAGCAGGGCACAGACCCACUGGUCCUCGCCGUUCAGAGCAAGGAGCAGGCUGAGCAGUGGCUGAAGGUGAUCCGAGAUGUCUACAGUGGCUGCAGUGGGCCGGCGGAUUCAGAAGGCCCACCCCCAUCAAGCUCCCCAGUGCACAAGACAGAGCUGGAGAAGAAACUGUCUUCUGAGAGACCCAGCUCUGAUGGAGAGGGUGUUACAGAAAAUGGCAUCACUGUGUGUAAUGGAAAAGAACAAGUUAAGAGGAAAAAGAGUUCCAAAUCAGAGGCCAAGGGCACAGUGUCUAAAGUCACUGGGAAGAAGAUCACCAAGAUCAUUGGCUUGGGGAAGAAAAAGCCAUCAACAGAUGAGCAGACCUCAUCAGCAGAGGAGGAUGUCCCCACUUGUGGCCUAUGGAAGAAGCCCCUGCCCCUUGAUGAGGGCACCCCAUCCCUGAACCACUCGGGCACAGGCUAUCUCAACGUGCUCUCCAACAACCGCUGGCGGGAGCGCUGGUGCCGGGUCAAGGAUAACAAGCUCAUUUUCCACAAGGACAGGACUGAUCUCAAGACCCACAUUGUUUCUAUUCCUCUCCGCGGCUGUGAUGUGAUUCCGGGCUUGGACUCCAGACACCCCCUGACGUUCCGACUGCUUCGCAAUGGACAGGAGGUGGCCGUGCUAGAGGCCUCCUCUUCUGAGGACAUGGGCAGAUGGAUUGGGAUUUUGCUGGCCGAGACAGGAUCCUCUACAGACCCUGGGGCCCUGCACUACGACUAUAUCGACGUGGAGACAUCUGCGAACGUCAUUCAGACAGCCAAACAGACAUUCUGUUUCAUGAACAGGCGCGGUAUCUCUGCCAACCCGUACCUGGGGAGCACCACCAACGGCUACGCCCACCCCAGUGGCAUGGCGCUGCAUUACGAUGACGUCCCAUGCAUUAACGGCUCGUGGGACCCCGAAGACGGCCCUCCUGCUUCCUGUGCCAGAGGCCUGGGAGAAGAGGUGCUUUAUGAUAACGCGGUCCUGUACGAUAACUUGCCGUCUCCGAAAAUCUUUGCUCGCUACCCACCUGCUGACAGAAAGGCUUCUAGGCCGUCUCCUGACAAACUGUCCUGUAACCAUUACAAAUGCCCUCCCUCCUGCGGUCUGCCUCUCAUUCAGUCUGCCACUAACCCCUCUUCUCUGGGGAGGGCGUCUCUCGGGCUCAGCUCUCAGGUGAAGGGUAAAAAGCCCCCAGUAGCCUCUAGUGGGGUUACGGGGAAAGGGAAGACUCUGAGCAGCCAGCAAAAAAAGGUAGAUUCCACAGCCGGUGUGAAGCGAACAUCUUCAAAUGCUGACCAGUACAAAUAUGGCAAGAAUCGGGUUGAAGCCGAUGCCAAGCGGUUGCAGAGCAAAGAAGAUGAGCUGCUAAAGCGUAAAGAAACCCUGCGGAACAGGCUGGCCCAGCUCCGGAAAGAGAGGAGAGACCUGAGGGCUGCCAUCGAAGUAAACGCUGGCAGGAAGACGCAGGUGGUUCUGGAAGACAAGCUGAAGAGGCUGGAGGAGGAGUGUAAGCAGAAGGAGGCGGAGCGUGUCAACCUGGAGCUGGAGCUGACGGAAGUCACAGAGAGCCUGAAGAAGGCCCUGGCUGGCGGGGUCACCCUGGGGCUGGCCAUCGAGCCCAGGUCAGGGACAUCGAGCCCACAGUCCCCGGUUUUCAGGCAUCGCACCCUGGAGAGCUCACCCAUGUCCAGCUGUGAGACCAGCGAUGCGGAGGGCCCCGUGCCGGUGAACAGUGCAGCCGUGCUGAGGAAGGGCCAGCCGGCCAGCGGCUCCCCCUGCCGGGGACAUGUGCUGCGGAAGGCCAAGGAAUGGGAGCUGAAGAACGGCACGUAGAGGGACGGCAGGACGCCCCGCUCGCAGGCGCUGCCCCGCCGCCACCGCCGCAGGAAGCUCCGCCCGCGUGGCCACUGCGCAGGACGCCAGGGUUUGUGACUGAGCUGCGACGCCAGCGCCAGACCCGCCCGCGUGUCCUCUUGCUACUGUACUUGUUCCUUCUAAAGAAAUUCACUUAUAACACUUUGGUUUCCACCUCUCUCUGUCGGAGAGCAGUAGGGAGGUAGAGAGGUCCUACGGCAAACGAGAAGCUCAGUGAGGGCUUUCCCCGUGUCCCCUGCACCCUGACCGCGGGGGACCGGCCAGUGCCCCCGCUGAGGCCUCGGCUGGCGGGAGGCCCGGGCCCCUGGCAGGUGAGCGCGGCUGGCGUGGGCCCUGGGACCGUCACGCCCGCCUGCUGAAAAGGCCGGGGCCUCCCACAACGCGCCCUCCUGCCCCCCUCGUGCCUCAGCGUGCCCUUCCCACGCGCCCCUCCCCCUCAUCACGAGAGGCGGGUGCGUGAGAAACCCGUGCUGUGAAGCAUCUGUUACCUUUUCAUUGUCUUUCCUCUGGACAAAUGCUUUCGUCACCAUGACGUGAAAAGCUGCCAUUCUUUUUAAACUUUUUAAAAAUUUCUUUUAAUUGUGUGUUGCACUUCGCUCUAAGGGUUUUUCAGAGAUUCUGUAUCGUAUUUUAUUAAUUAUUUGUACUGCUUCUGAAAGGCAGCAGAGUGUCUGCUGCUUCACUAAUGUGUGUUCCCCACCCUGUUCCCCAGUGUCCCCGACCCUGUCUGCCCCUCAGAGCCAGCAGGUGACCCGGUCUCACCGGAUGUAGAUGGCGCUUCCAUUUACAGGACGGGCUAGCCCCUUGAGAGGGAAGCAGGUCCUGGAAGUCGCUUGGCCUUAGAACCCUAGCAUCCUGAGCCGAGCGAGAGCGUCUGUUCUCUCCCCGUGGCCCUGCCUCCCCCUGCAAACCCAGGCCAGAGCGCGGGUAUGCUGGGGCUGCUCCUAGCCCCUCGGGCUGAGGCCGGGUCUCGGCGCCUGUGCGGCACUUCUGAGAACCGGCCAACUCCACUGUGCCUCCAGAGGGACCGUCUCAGGAAUCCUCAGCUAUGGCCAGGUGCAGCCCCUGAUGCGAUGAAAGUGGGUCACCCCAGGAUCCCUCUGCAGGCAGAUUGGGGGGCGUGAGUCACACACCUAUGCAAGGGCGCUUCCUGCUGAAAUGUGGAAGCGUGGAGGUGUCAGCCUUUCAUCCACCAAAUACAGGGAUGGAAGGCACGACACAGUCUCCAUGCUUUCCCCCCGUCCCAGCACGCCUCCAGAGCCCCUCCAGGGCUCGGCCACUCUCCCAUAGGCCCUUCUUAGGACUGGGGUCAAACCAACGUCAGGGCUCUCAGGCCCCGCAUGGCUGCAUGAGAUUUUGGCCAUAGAGCAGGCAAGUAGUCUCCUGUGAAGGUGACAGUUUGCAGCAGGGAGCGGGGGCUGGAGCUGAUCCCAGCGGAGACGUGGGCCCCCAUCACAUGUUGGCAGAUUAGGGCACAUCUCCCUGGCACCCAGCACGAUCGACCCCUGCCCCCAGGAAAUCUAGGGAGGAGGCCCCCAAAGCCUCUGGGUCCAUCUUCCCGGUGCUGUUAGAGGAGCCCUGUCCUCCGUUGUCUGUCUGUGUGGGAAGCUGAUUUUCUGUAAAAGGAAAAAGUUUGAUCUACGGUAGGUUUUUGCUGCCUUCUGGUCAAAUAAGGUUCGCAAAGGCACUUGGGCCAACCUGCUUGGCAGCCAGCUUUGCCCAAGCAGCCCGCAGGUUUUGAGCAUUAGGAGAGGAAACCUAAGCAGCCCGUGCUCCUGACCGUGGCCCAGCACAGCCAGGGAGAUCCUGGGCGGCAUGGGGACCCUCAUCCCCAUGGGUUUGCCCAAGGACAUGGCCCGUCGGAGCCAGAGCCAGGAUUUGGACCCUGGUCCUCAACUCCUGGUGUACCUAUUCUGUGUCGAAACCCAGGUUUCAAAUUCCCAAGCGUAAGCCCUUUAAAAGGAUGGCAAGCUUAGACGGAUCCUGCUGGUCCCACGGAGCCGUUGGAAGCGGGCCGCGUGGAGGGCGAGGCCACCGACAGCGAGGCUCCCGUGAUGUUGUGUGUUCCCCUUGGUGUCUUUAGAUUGAUCAGAAAGUUAGGUGAAAGGAUUUGCUUCAAAAUAAGUUAUUUAUUUGUAUAUGUUCAAUAAAUAGAGUUUUUAAUUUAUAUCUGUACAUAUUAGACACACAUUAGACGUCUUGUCAGAAUUCUGGCAGUGAUGUCAUUUUAUGGCCCUCCCCGAGCACCCCGCCCGGCGGCCGCAGCUGACACGUGGAGCAGGUGGGCCUCGGGAGCUCGCUGCGGGGGUGCCAGACACCUGCCACUGGGAGAAGUCCCAGUCCCCUUGAGGCGUCACCCGUCCCGUCACAGAUGGUCCUGUUCACAGUAAAAGGAUCCUGACCCAAAGUGGAGGGAGCGUGGAGGGGCCGUGCAGAUGGGCCACCCUGCGGGUCAUGGCCACUUCCCUUAGCACCUAAAGCUUCACCGUCAGCCCCAAGCUCUGCCUCCGGCUGUAUUUGGUGUCAUCAACCUUCAAAAUCUCCUUCAGUUUUAUGUGAUUAUAAUGUCUUUAAUCACUCACCCACCUUACGCACAGAAACAAAAUAGUGGUUAAGGGCGUCACCCGUGGCGCGAAACAAGCAGAAACGGUCACUUUUCCCCUGUUCAGAGUCAGUAGAGGGUGGGGCAAGGCCCUGUGCGGGUCAGACCAGCCAUCCCUGCCCUCUCCGGGCUUCUGGAUGGUUCCACCACCUAGGAACCAGCAUGGGGCUGGGGAAUGGUCCAGAUGAGUCUGGAUCUUUCCCAGGUCUUCUCUGGAUGACUGUGCAUACACCCUGGUGUAAACCCAUUCUGUCCACCUCCUGUUCGCACACCUUGGUGUUUUCGAGCCCGAUCGUCCUCCUUCACUUCAACUGUCCGAGUUCCAAAACCCCCAAAGCACUCAGGUUGGAGAUUUGCCACCUUUUGCAAAGCCUGUUUCACACCGUGUGUGCGCUCGGCCCCACAUCCACCCCCAGGAAGGAGACUCAGACCCAUCUGAAGCGCAGCAACCAUCGGGAACCUGGGUGCAGGUCUGCACGGGGACAGGCGCACGACUGGGGGCGGGCCCGGGGGCUGUGGGCAGAAGCCGGCUGCCAGCGUGCUCUCGGGAGGGGCUGGAGUCACAGCAGGCAGCACUCUGGGUUCGCUCCCCCAGUGCUGUGGCAGGGCCUCCCGAUGGUGGGCAGCAGGGUGGGUGCCUGGGGACGGGGCCCCUCGUGCCAGCGAGGACCGCUGUGGCCCAGCCGGCGCACCCCUUGCAGGUGCCUCUUCCAGGAUGGCUGCAGUCUCCACCGCCCCCCGGGGUCCUCAAGGUGGCACCGCUCAGAUGUUCAACUGUUGCCUUCCUCGUUUGUUUUCCAAAAAUGAUUUUUUUUUUCUUAAUGGGAAGUUUUUCAAAUCUGUGGCAUUGUUUUAAAGAGAGUGAUUCUUAUUCUUUUUUUGUUGUUCCCGUUGUCACUGCUGGCUCAUCACUGUCCCCAUGAUGGGCCAGGUUGAUACUGUGAAUACAUGAAGGUAAACUGCACCCCGUGCCCCGCGGUGGGCACAGCCUCUCGCAGGGGGCUCCUCUCCACGAAGGCCCCUCUGGCCCCUCUUCUGUGAACAGCGCCCCCACUGCCUCCCCCGGGGAAAGGUGCCCACCCCUGGCCUGGGCAGGUGUCACCAGGGCUCCUGAGUGCUGCCCGGGGAAGGCGCGUUUUCGCCAUAGGAUCAUCAGAUCACGAUUCUUAGGGACCAAAGGCGUUUUUAAUAAGAUAAUCUUUGUAUUUGAUUUUCUAAUGAGAAAGGAAACAGUGACUUUAAAUUUUAACACCAAACUUUUUAAAAUUAUAAAUAUUUAGCAUUAAUUGACCACGGCUCUAAGUUGUAAAAUGUUUUCAUAGUAAGAUUGUAAUUAUUUCCUUACUGUAUUUUUUAAAAACUAAAGUCAUAUUUAAAAUUCUCUUUGAAAGAAACAGGCAAGAAACAGCAAAGAUUUUUUUUUUAAUUAAAUCUGUUGGCGGUGCCCAUUUUAGAGGACUGUAGAUAUAUUUUCACUGUGUUUCUCAGUGUAUUUAAUUCAUAAACUAAGAACUUUUAUCAGAGGAAACUUCCAAUGGAAAUACCAGUUUUCUGGCCAUUUGCUCCAUGUUGUAAUCACCUCACCUGAAUUUUCUGCUUUACUAACUGAUUUUUCUACUGUUUCACACGGUGUAUAGCCCACGGACUGGCGCCAUCCGGCGUGCCUCAUUUGUGUGUUACCAAUAAAGCUGUACGCUUCCA